ACUCUAUUCUCAUUCUCACUAAUGCACCCUUAAAUGAAUAUAGACUGGAUCAAUGCCAUUCUCCACAUGGGUUUUAAAUCAAGAUGUGAAGAAGGAGAAUCCCCUGCAGUUCAGAUUCCGCGCCAAGUUCUAUCCGGAGGAUGUGGCUGAGGAGCUCAUUCAAGACAUUACUUUGCGUCUGUUCUAUCUGCAAGUGAAGAAUGCCAUACUGUCCGACGAAAUUUACUGUCCACCAGAAACAUCCGUACUUCUCGCCUCGUACGCCGUUCAAGCGCGUCACGGCGACUACAACAUGGGUGUACACACAGCUGGCUUUUUGGCCAAUGACCGUCUGUUGCCACAACGCGUGAUCGACCAACACAAAAUGUCCAAGGACGAAUGGGAGCAAUCGAUAAUGAAUUGGUGGAAGGAGCAUCGCGGCAUGCUGCGCGAAGACGCCAUGAUGGAGUACUUGAAGAUCGCGCAGGAUCUUGAGAUGUAUGGCGUGAAUUACUUUGAAAUUCGCAACAAGAAGGGCACCGAACUGUGGUUGGGCGUUGACGCGCUCGGUCUUAACAUCUACGAACAGGAUGACAAGCUGACGCCGAAGAUCGGUUUCCCUUGGUCGGAGAUCCGAAACAUUUCGUUUUCGGACAAAAAGUUCAUAAUCAAGCCAAUUGACAAGAAAGCGCCCGACUUCGUCUUCUUUGCGCCGCGUGUUCGCAUCAAUAAACGUAUUCUGGCGUUGUGCAUGGGCAAUCACGAAUUGUAUAUGCGACGCCGCAAACCCGAUACAAUCGAUGUGCAGCAAAUGAAGGCGCAAGCGCGUGAGGAGAAAAACGCCAAGCAACAAGAACGGUGA